GUGAAGGAAUCUGAGAGGAUUUCUGCGCAGUGACCGCCGCCAUCAUGUUCCGCACUAUGAUAACCCACGCCAGGAAGCACCCGAGUUUGAUUCCUUUAUUUGUCUUUGUCGGCUUCGGGGGUGUGGGCUCUAUCCUUUAUGCUCUGAGGGUCACCACUCGUAGCCCUGAAAUCAGCUGGGACAGGAAGAAUAACCCCAACCCCUGGAACAGCAAAAGCCCCAACUACCAGUACAAGUUUUACAAUGAAACCAUUGAUUACAAGAACUUGAAGAAGGAAGGACCUGAUUUCUAAGUACAUAUCCCUCACACAAACGCCACCUUUGCUGGAAUUUCUCUUUUUUUUUUACAAUUGAAAUCAAUCCGGGGAAUGCUAAUUUUCAUUCCUGCUAUUUAAUAAUCCAAUAAGUUGUGUUUAUUGAGUUACCCCAGCUCUGCCUGUUUAUUAAUGUUCAUUAGCUGGGCCUAAUGCAAUUAAACUAGAGUAAACCUUG